CAUCUCUCUUCCUUAUCUUUCUUCCUCUUCUUCGAGGGCCAAUUCAAGGCAUCAAUCCAGCUACAGAUACUAAAGCAGGAGUCCCUGUAGCCCCUUCCCCUUUGGGAUCCGAGGCUUUGGGACCGAACUGAUCGCGCUGCAGAGCCCGGUCGGUGCUCGAUUUGGGGCGAUCAGCCAUCGGUCUUGGAUCCACCAGACCUUGGGGGUUCCUUUUGAUCGAUUUGGAGGAAGUCUUUGCAUAUCCAGUUCAUCAACUUCCAAGCAAUUACAUCAGUCUUGUGUGCAGCUGUAUCUUGUUUUCUGGAAUUUUAUAUGGGCUGAUUCUGGCAUUUCAUGGGAGGUUUAGACGAUGAUGAACCACCAGCAAAACGUGUGAAAGCAUCCUCAGCAGAAUUGAGGAGCCUCUUGAACACUUCAUCUUCUUUGCUACACAUUGGUUGUUUGGGAGGUCCAAUGGCCAAACCGUUGCCAUUCCACGGGGAACAAGAUAUGAUUGGUUCGAAAGGUGUAAUUAAAAGGGCUGAGUUUGUCAGAAUCAUCACCAAGACCUUAUAUUCUCUUGGAUAUGAAAAGAGUGGAGCAAUCCUGGAGGAGGAGUCUGGGAUUUCCUUGCACUCAUCAGUGGUCAAUCUUUUCAGGAAACAAGUGCUUGAUGGAAAUUGGGAUGGAAGUUUGGAGACAUUGCACAAAAUAGGUCUUGUGGAUGAAAAUUUACUGAAAUAUUCUUCAUUUUUGAUAUUGGAGCAAAAGUACUUUGAACUGUUGGAGACUAAUGAUUUCAUGGAUGCAUUGAAGACAUUGAGAUGUGAAAUUACUCCUCUUGGCAUCAACAAAAAGCGGGUGCACGAGCUUGCUAGCUGUAUUGUCUCUCCUUCACAUCAUGUUUUACUUAGGUUUGCCAAUCUUGGAACUGAAACUUCAAAUCCUGGACUAAAGCUUCUAGAGGAAUUGCAGAAACUGCUUCCUCCAACAGUGAUGAUACCUGAGAGGAGGUUGGAGCAUUUGGUUGAACAGGCACUUGGUUUGCAAAGGGAAUCUUGUUAUUUCCACAACUCUCUUGAUAGUUCCCUCUCAUUGUAUGCUGAUCAUAAUUGUGGCAAGGAUCAGUUACCUUCUUAUACCGCUCAGGUGUUGCAAGAACACCAUGAUGAAGUAUGGUUUUUACAGUUCUCAAACCACGGAAAAUAUUUAGCGUCAUCAUCAAAUGAUAAAUCUGCUAUUAUAUGGGAGGUUCAUGAAGAUGAAGGAUUGUCAUUGAAACACAAGCUGAUUGAUCAUCAGAAAGCUGUCUUGAUGAUUGCUUGGAGCCCUGAUGACAGCCAGCUUCUCACAUGUGGAAUGGAAGAAGUUGUAAGACGCUGGGAUGUUCACUCAGGAGAAUGCCUCCAAGUCUAUGAAAAAACUGGUCUUGGACUGAUUUCUUGCGGUUGGUUCCCAGAUGGAAAACGAUUAUUUUCUGGUGUUACAGAUAAGAGUAUCUGCAUCUGGGACUUGGAUGGUAAAGAAAUUGACUCCUGGAAUGGCCUGCGAACCAGUAUGACCUCUGACAUCUCCAUCACGAAAGAUGGUCGACAUAUUAUAAACACGUGCAAGGGAAAUGUGAUUAUGUUGCUAGAUAGGGAAAUGAAGAUGGAGAAGCUAGUAGAAGAGGAACAGCCUAUUACUUCUUUUACACUAUCAGGCGAUGAUAAUUUUUUACUUGUAAACUUGAUAAACCAGGAGAUUCACUUAUGGUGCAUAAAAGAUGAUCCCAGACUCAUUACGAGAUACAAAGGUCAUAGACGGAGCCGAUAUCUAAUAAGGUCCUGUUUUGGGGGCAUUAAACAGGCUUUCAUUGCCAGCGGAAGUGAAGAUUCACAGGUGUACAUAUGGCAUCGUGGCAGCGGAGAUCUUGUUGAGGCUCUUCCUGGACAUUCCGGCGCUGUCAACUGCGUGAGCUGGAAUCCGUCCAACCCUCACAUGCUCGCCUCCGCCAGUGAUGACCACACUAUCCGCGUAUGGGGACUAAGCAAGAAAGUUGAUCUGAAGCCCACCAGUGAGGGCCACAGCAACGGGGUAGUAGCUCAUCGGCAGUGCAACGGACACUGCAAAUGAAUGAUCUAUUGCCAAAAACAAGCCGGUUAAGUGUGACAUCCUCUUCACUUGGUCCAUUGAUCUUGUAUAUCCUUCUAACCCCUUGUAAUGGCACCAUUGUUCUGGUUCACUCUGUGACUUUCAACUAAUGUAUUGCCCUUUUGAAUCAGGAGGCUUUAUUGUCCUCUCAAUCUGCACUUGGCUUCAUCCACCUUUAUUAUGUUACCACAGCUGCAUUCUCAAAA